AUGCGCAAAACCCUAGCAUACAUAUAUGAAACCCUAGCGCCCCCCCACGAUCACUCUCCUUCUUCAGACAAACCCUAGCGAAACCCACAGAACAGCCAAGAAUGCCUCCGAAAUUCGACCCGUCGCAGGUGGUGGACGUGUACGUCCGGGUGACCGGAGGUGAGGUGGGGGCUGCUAGUUCGCUCGCCCCGAAGAUCGGGCCGCUAGGUCUCUCACCGAAGAAGAUCGGAGAGGACAUAGCCAAGGAGACGGCCAAGGACUGGAAGGGCCUCCGCGUGACUGUCAAGCUCACCGUCCAGAACCGGCAGGCUAAGGUCUCGGUAGUUCCAUCGGCCGCUGCACUUGUCAUCAAGGCCUUGAAGGAGCCCGAGCGUGACCGCAAGAAGACGAAAAACAUUAAGCAUAACGGCAACAUAUCCCUCGACGACGUCAUCGAGAUCGCCAAGGUUAUGCGUCACAGAUCCAUGGCCAAGGACCUCAGUGGCACCGUUAAGGAGAUCCUAGGCACCUGCGUCUCCGUAGGCUGUACGGUCGACGGAAAGGACCCCAAAGAUCUGCAGCAGGAGAUCACCGACGGAGACGUCGAGGUUCCCCUAGAUUGAGAAAAAAUUGUGAGGGUUAAUUUUAGUAAUCAGUUUUGGAUUUUGAAAUGAAUUUUUAUCGGUUGUUUUCUUCAAUCAUGUUUCCGGAAUCUAAGGUUUUACAUCUGGAGCUUGAAUUAUUUACAUGAAA